CAAUUCAGAAUAUCAGAAUCAGAUUCACGCGUAAGAUCUCUGUGGUAAGAUCUUUAGUAGGCCUAAUAUCAGUAAAAAUGUCAUAAUUUUUUGCGUUAAUUAAAUUAAGAAAUGAAGAUUUCUUCAAAGUUUUUGAUGAAAUUGAUUAUUAUCAAUGUUAUUUUUAAUUUAUUUGUGUGAAAUUCGUUCAAUAUUAUGGGAAAUAAAGGCAGUAAACCAAUAACAACACUAACCUACGAAGAUGCAGUCAAGAGGCUUACGGACACGGAACUUAAACGUCUCCGAGAUGCCUUCAAAAGAUUUUCUUGCAGUAAUGCAAUCACUGAUAAAGUUUUUAUCAGAGAAGUACUUGGUGAUGGAGUUCCAACAAACGUUGCAGAGUUUUUGUUCAUUGCUUGUGGAGGGGUACCAGACAAAGGGAUAGCAUGGAAAGAACUUCUGUGUGGACUUGUUCUGUUGACACGAGGUGAAAAGGAAGAAAAGUACCGAUUUGUUUUCAGUUUGUAUUGCAACGAGAGUGGAACCCACAUAAAUCAAUAUGAAUUUCAAAAAACAGUUGAAAGCCUCGAAUCAAGAUUUGUCCCUGUGUCUGUUUCUACGCUGUUUCACAAGAGAGAUCGAGUGACGUUUGAUGAAUUCAGAGAAUGGCUGAAAUGGGAGACAGAGAGGGAAGAUGGCGGCUGUAUAUCUUUGAACAAAUGGAUAUUGAAGGAGCCGUGCUCUGUAACAUUGGGCAAUGAGUGUGAUUCCCCAACAUUCUAUCAAACAUUGGCCGGAGUCACCCAUUUGGAAGAAAUGGAUAUAGUGCAGUUGGAGAAGCGCUAUUUUGCAUUGAAGGAGUCCUCACAGACUGGUAAAUUGGAUGAGGAAACCCUGAGACCACUGAUUAGUCCACCAAUUCCUCUUUCGGUCUGUUCAGGAGUGUUUAACGCUUUUGAUGAGAAUCGAGACAACCAUAUUGAUUUCAAGGAAAUGGCUUGUGGUAUUUCAGCUGCCACCAGGGGACCUCUCACGGAAAGGCAAAAAUUCUGCUUCAAAGUUUUUGAUGUCGAUAGAGAUGGACAUCUUUCAGAGGACGAGAUGAAGCACAUGAUUGAUGUCAUGUUGUUUGUACGGUACAAAAGCAAGGCCAAAAAGGAGUUUGUUCCAACUUUGAUGAAAGAAUUGAACAACUAUGCUGGCUCCGAUAAGGGAUUGACUGUUGAAGAAUAUCUUAUGUGGACUGUGGAUAAUCAGUUGCCGAUGGACUUUUUGAACUUACUAUUUCAGGUGUGCCAUGUAGUUUUGGGUCUGAGGCCUGUGUCAAGGUCUGAAGAAGGAGAUAUAGUCAUGGGGUGGCAGGAAAGGGAGGAUGAGAGGGGCUGCGCCGUUGGACAGUUUUGGUAUCUUAUCUCAAUGGAAUGGUGGACCAAUUGGCUUGACUACGUUUCAUCUACACUGUCAUCCUCACUAUCUGGGAGUGAUUCCAGAAUGACUGGUAGUGAUUGCAGUCCUAGCGGUAGUUUGAAGAGACUCAGAAUGAGUAAACGUAGCCUUCAAAAUUCACUUGUUGAAAAUACAGUUGCACUUGAAAACUCGAGUGUUAUUGUAACUGGAAUAACUUCUUUGGAAUGUGGAAGUAAUCAACGCUCCAGCUCCAGCUUGCUGGCCGCUCCUUUCUCCAGCUGGGAUUCUCCAAGUGGCAGCCCAAAUCAGUCUCCUCGAACUGGCAGACGUAACAUGCAUCCAGGCCACAUUGACAAUACAAGUCUUAUUCUGGCAUCUCCUUACAAGGUUGGAACAUUAACAGGUGAAGGAGCUAAGCUGAAGCAGAGUCCGACUCUUGUUCGUGGCAGAGACUAUGAAUUGGUACCAGACUCUCUUUGGAAGGCUUUAUGCCAGUGGUAUGGUGGAUCUCCAGCUUUACCUCGACAAGUUAUAAUGUCAAAAUCGAGCUGUGAAUUGGAGCUGGAAUUAUAUCCUAUUACAUUGAGGUUGCUAAGGCAUGUGAGACAGGGCGAUCGCACUAAUUCUUGUCCUCCCACCUCAACUUGGUCUGGAAUGGUUGGAGGUUAUGGUGCAGCUGCAGCUCUAAUUGGCUCAACAACAGGCUACAACUUGGACAUACCGAACCUGUCACCUCCAAGAAGGUAUCUGGCUCACAUUGCGACGUUCAGCAGGGUAGCAACCAUCAAACAAGUAUACGAAUUCCUUUGUGAUAGGCUACAUGUUCGUUCUGAUGAUAUGAGGCUUUGGCACGUGGAUGGACCAUCUGGAAGUAUGAUGCAAUUGGAAGAUGAAACUGCCACCCUGGAGGAUAUGAGCAUUGUAGAUGAUGAUGAAGUAUUAAUAGAAAUUAGAAAUAAGAAUCUCACGUGGCCGGAGGAGAUUGGAAAUCUUGCAUUUAUUCAAAGUGACAAAUGUAGAACUGCUGGUCAAACGGAAAAAGGUGUGACUGGCCUCAACAAUUUGGGAAACACUUGCUUCAUGAACGCAGCUUUACAAUGUGUUAGCAAUACUAGAAUUCUCACGGAAUACUUUCUGGGCAACAAGCACCUAUAUGAAUUGAACAGGUCAAAUACCAUGGGGAUGAGAGGCCACCUAGCCAAAAAAUACGGCGAUCUAAUUCAAGAUAUAUGGAGUGGUCAAUUUAGAACAUUGGCUCCAUUGAAGUUGAGGUGGACAAUUGGAAAAUUUGCCCCAUUUUUCACGGGAUCUCAACAGCAUGACUCACAAGAGCUGUUGGCAUUUCUGCUCGACGGUCUUCAUGAGGAUUUGAAUCGUGUUGCUGACAAACCUUAUACUGUACUCAAAGAAAGCAAUAGUCGGCCCGAUGUUAUUGUUGCUCAAGAGUCGUGGGAAGCAAUGAUCUUGCGAAAUAAAUCAAUAAUCAUAGACUUAUUUUAUGGACAGCUAAAAUCUUCAAUAAUAUGCAAUGUUUGUGGAUACGAAUCUGUGAAAUUUGAACCUUUCAACUCGCUAUCUUUGCCCUUGCCUUUGGAAUCAUUUGUUCAUGUUCUUGUUAUAGUUAUUCGUUUGAAUGGAUCAGUACCAAUUCAGUAUGGGUUAAGGUUGAAUGUCGAUGCUACUUGUACUGUCCUGAAGAAUCAGCUAUCUUCAUUAAGCGGCAUUCCAGCUUCUUUAUUGAAAUUGGUCAAGGUUGCUGACGGAGAAAUCAAGACUACACUUUCGGAUGAUAGUAAACUGAAAGACCAGACUGGUUGCUCAGAAUCACUGUAUGCCUAUGAACUGCCUUGCUAUUCAUUCCUUAGUGACGAGGAGCGUCUAUCAAUAAACUCUGUCAAAUCUCAAAGAGAGGCUCAAACAUUUACUGCAAUCCAAAGAUCUAUCCUUCCUCAAAUAGUCACCGGCAGUGUUUGGGGUGGUGCUCAACCAGAUAAUCCAAAUAACAUGUUCCCGGUAGCUACUAGUGAUUUAGAGAGUCCAAAUAUGGAUGGAAAAUCGGAAUCAGAAACGUUCGAAAUAAUGGAGAGAACUCCCCCGCCUUCCCUGGGUCAUACGGAUAGCGGUAAUUGCAGCGCAAGCAGCUCCAGUCUUUCUGACAUUCCAUACCAUCAAGCCGGGCAUCUGAUUGCAGUUCAUAGGAAACUGAUGAGGCAAGAAACCUAUUUCUUGUCUUCGACGAAAGUGAAACCAGUUCUUUUCGGCUUGCCCGUCAUAGUGGCAUGCAGUGAAACCACCACUCAUCAGGAUCUCUACCAAGCGGUUUGGAUUCAAGUGGCUAGACUUGUCACACCUCUUCCUCCAUCCGAAUCUAUGCCUCUCAAUCAUGCGAUGGACUGCGAUGACAGUUUGGGCUACGAGUUUCCAUUCGUAUUGAAGGCUGUUAACAAAAAUGGAACAUCCUGUGCAAAGUGUCCUUGGUUCAAUUUCUGCAGAGGCUGUAGAAUCCAGUGCAGUGAAGAAGAGUUCGGUUCUGCUUGUUCCUACAUUGCAAUAGAUUGGGAUAGGACGGCUCUCCAUCUGCGCUAUCAAACCAACCUGGAAAAGACGAUUGAAAAACAUCCUUCAGUUGCAACUACUCUAGCCCAGCAGAAUGAGCCUAUUAGUUUGGACUAUUGCAUGGAGGCAUUUACCAAAGAAGAACUACUAACUGGCGAUGAAAAGUAUCAUUGUCCAAGAUGUAAAGAAUUUCAGCUAGCAAAAAAGAAGUUGCAAAUCUUCAGGUUACCACCUGUACUGAUAAUUCACUUGAAGAGAUUCCAGUAUGUAAAUAACAGGUGGAUAAAAUCAUUAAAAGUUGUUAAUAUGCCGCUCUCUGAUUUUGAUCCAACACCUUACUUGGCUGAAGUUCCUAAAGAGACAAUACUAAAACACAAAGAACAGUCAAGAUGCAAAAGAAAGACCAAAACCAAUCAAAAAGAGAACGGCUCCAAAGAAUCUAGUCAAAUCCAAGAACCUCUUCAAGAUUUUCACCAGCAUAGAUUGACUGAUGAGCAAGACCCAUUCGAUCUUAGUUAUAAACUUUAUGCAGUUCUGUCACAUCAUGGCCAGCUUGGAAAUGGACAUUAUAUAUCAUAUGCCCUAAAUCCAAAUGGGAAAUGGUACAUUUACAAUGACUCCUCUACCAAGGAGACCAAGUCACCAGAUACCAAUUCAGCUUACCUGUUAUUCUAUGAACGCAAAGGUCUGUGUACCGACCAUUACAUGCCUUGUAUUACUGGUAAGGAAAUGAAGAUUAUUGAUGCAAGAGAUUUAAUAGAUGAAUACGACGACAGUGAAUUCAGGAGAACAUGUUUGAUCAUGUAGUCUGUAAAGAUAUAUUUUUAUUCGAAAUGUUAUAUACUGUAAUUAUAUGUUUGUAAAUAAUUUAUAUCCAAAAUAAAAGUAUACGGUACUUGUUCGUGUAAAGCUCAACUAGUGGAUAGACUAGAUUCAAGCGAGUGCUAUUGGUGUCAAAUGUUUUUAAUUUGCGUCAAGUCUGAACAAAAUCUGAGUCAUCUUUUCGGAUAUUGAAAACUUUCUGGUUACUGCUAGGGUUACAAGAUUUAAUUUGAUUCAACACGAGAAAUGCCUGGCUCUCUAUCAUAUUGAUGAAAAUAAAAAUUCAAAACUUCCACAAUCAUUAUUAUUUGGAAUUUAUUUUGAACUUAAUUUCUAGUUGAACAUGAUGAAAGAUGCUUGUGUUGUAUUCAUCAGAAAGUAUAAUUAUUUGCAUCUUCCUCACACAGUAGAAUUCAAUAAUAUUUAUUCAGAAAUUCCCAAUUUGAGAAUAUAUUUCUGUGGAUGAAAUUGAUAAUAUACAGGUGGUAGAAAUUAUAUAAUAUAUCUGUAGUUUUGUUGUAUGAUAUUUUUUGGAAUAGCCUACUUAGGCUAAACUGAUGAAAAUAUUCAUCUGGAAUAAAUGCAAUCAUGCGUUCAAUGUGAAAAAUAUAAAUAGUGAAGGAAACGAAUAAGAUGCAUUCAUUCCAAUAGAGUAUGCUGUGUACGCAAUGUUUAUUUUUCUAAAACUGCUCGUAAAGUUCCUUACGAACCGAAAACUCAUCAUAAAACAGCUGUUUUGUGAGGAGCCAGCGAGAAUCUAUUUUAGGCUCGCCAGCUGUUUACUUUACACUCGCUAACCGCAGCGCAUGCUCAGUAGGCUACAUUUUUUGUGUAAGGUAGAUUUGAAGGUUAUCAACAUCUCAACUCAACAAUGAAUUCGGCAAUGGACAUGAGCGAUUUAAAAAAACUGUUUAUUGUAUUGGAACCCAAUACUGCAAAAUUUGUAUGUAAUUCGAACAGAAAUUACCAUGCUCCACUACGCAUCGCGUGGUAACUGUGAUAAAGUGGUAACUCAAGUGAUAAAGUCGCGUGCUAAGUCGUAUGCUCUUAAUACAUAAAUAAAUAUUUUCACUCGGAGAAUUUUAUCAAUUUCAUAUUUAUAUAUUAAAGAAACAAGCAAAAGUAAAUUGAAUUAGGAUUUAAUUGUCGUUGUGAUGAUUUCUUAUGAUAGAAAUAUAAUUUUUUCAUGAGAGGGAUUCACAUCCCCUUUAUUUGUUAUUUUUUCUUUUCAAUUGCUCACUUCACGCCACUGAUAGCUGCUUACAACAGUAGUGCGAUAAUCUAAUUUCGCUAGCUUCAAGAAUAUUUUUGCAUUUUGCAAAUAGCGAGUCUGUCAACGGGUUUUAGGGCUCUAGUGCUCCGAGUUUCUAUUGAUUUUUAUCACUUCGAGUUGACCAAACCAAAUAGCACUCAAGACAGAAAAAUACCUAUUAAUGAAUUUAUGGCAUGAAUUUAUUCAAUUUAAUUCAGCAUAAAUUGAUAGCUACAGAAUAGCUCCUACUAAAAAGUGAGUACCAGUAUGACAUGUUUCAAUAGCAGCUGCCUGUAAAAUUUGUGACCAAAUUCCACUUGUAGCGACUAACCAGUAAUUAAAAAGUGCAGUGUGACACAGGUUCUAGACUCAACAUUCCUUUUUUUUUCAUGAGAUAUAAUUUUGUAAGUAUAUUAGAAAUGAUUGAAUUCCAGUUCAUCUUCUAAUUGGGAUUUACACGUAUUAUAUUAUUUAUAUUUGAGCCUAAAAAUCUGAACAAAUCUGAGUUACUGAGAAUAUUCUAUUGUUGACUAUACUUGUUAUUAAAUUUAGUGUAUAAUAUAAUUACUUAAUCAUUCAAGUAGUUUUAAAUUCUCGGACAUAACUGGAUCAUUGGGAAGUUAGAAUAAUAAGAUUAAUUUGAAUUUAUGAGCUAGAUAAAUCACUAUUACAAUUACUGUACGUGAGUUUCUUUUGGUGGCAGUUUUCCAUAAUCAUGGAAGUGCGAUAAUAAUUUAUCCAAACUUCUAGUUAUUGGAAAUGGCAAUACAAUGAUUUAGAAUUAUUUCAAUCAUAGUUCAAUCUAUGACUGCAAACAAUGUUGCAUCAUCUGUAGAAUAACGGGAAGGAAAGUAUUUUAUACUUUUAAAACCUUGCUGUGGUAGAAAAUAAAGCUAAACAAAUUUACUUUAAAUGUUUUUCAACAUUUGUUAAUGAUUAUCAUGAUUUCAUACCUUUAUCAUUUUUUAAAUAUAUUGUAGCUUCGGAUAUAUUAUAAAAUUUCAUUUGUAUAAAAAUAUUAUAUUGCCAUGUAAUGUAUUAAUUAUUUUAAUGACAAAGUUUCAUCUUGUAUUGUUGAUAAAAAUUCAUAUCACUUGUGUAAUCAUUUUAUGGUCACUUUCGCCAUCUAUGAUAGCUGGUAUUUUUGUGUUAGUCUUUUUGAUUUGCUGAGAUUCCCUAUUUUAAAUAAUUUUAUUAACAUUUAAUAGUGAUGAUUAUGCUGUUCCACUUUGCUAUUUGAAUCAGUCACAGUGUUUUGACCUGUCGACUAUUUCAUCAAAUCUAUAGAAAUCACUGCACUAGGACAAUUCAUCUCAAACUAUUAAAAAUCACCGCUUUAUAAAUGAAUUAUUUCGGAAAAGCCUAUUAUAAUAAUUAUUAUUAUUUUGAAUUUACUCUGGCAUGUUAGAAGAUGAAUUCAAUGCAAUCAAUUUUUGCAAUAUGAAAGCUAUAAGAGAGUGAGUACAUCAUUAAGGUUUCAAUCAAUUUAUGUUUCCUAGUUUUAUAUAAGAUUUAUUCAUAAAACAGUAUAUUGUUAGAUUAUAAGUUUUGCUGUGAAUUAUUGUUUAAAAAAAAUAAUUGGCAGAUCAAAGUAAUGUAUUAAUUGGGUGUGCUUCAACUUUAUCUUGGAAUGAUAUUUUCUGCCCUGGUUCUAAACCCUCACGAGCAGUAGCCUAUGUAUUGUGAAAUUUAUUGAAGUUUGUUACCAUAUUUUGAUUUGCUCAAAAAAUAAUUUUGAACCACUAGUCAUCUAACGAAAAUAAUUUCAAUAAGCAAAUACAAGUAUAAAAUACUGUUGACUGGGACUUGUCACCUUGUCUGAUUCCAUUCCAUUCAAAUUUUGAAAAUAUGUUAUAUAUUAGUAUUGAAAUAUUCUACUAUUAUAUUGGCUGAUAAGGAUAUUCUUGUUGUCAGAAGUUUGUAUUUCAUUGCUUGUACGAGUUGUUAUCAUUCAAUUUAAUAUUAUAUUUCUACUUGUUGAGUAGUUCAGAUAAAAUUUAAAUAGUUGUUAUUUUAUAGUUGAUAAUAUAAUAAUUAAAGAAGAUUACUAUUCAUAAAUUCGAUUUAUUUUCAAUUCAUUUAGUGUUUUUAUUAUGUAAUGUGCUAUCAAGCUCAUGUUAGAUCAAAUUUCUAUUGCAAUAAAUUUUACAACAAUUGUUAAGUAUUAUAAA